UAACAGUUUUUUCUUGUCGAAAAAAAUGCUUGGUUUUUUCAAGCAACCAAAAUUGCUACCGAAUCGUUCUAUAGUUUUACUAAAAGAAAAAAUUAUGUCUUAGAUUUGCAUGAUGUGAAUCUAUCAAAUAAUACCAAUGUCUUAGUGAAUUUGUUCAUGUAACUGAAGAGCUGUAGAAUAGUAUAAACCUGUGUAGUGUGUUCAUCCUACAAAAGUGUUUUUUUUGUUUGUUUUUUUUAUAGCCGUGGAAUAAAUAGAUUGAUUUGAAACACAUUAUCAUUAUUUAUUAUAUACAACAUUUUAGUAUAUAAAAUAAAUGGGGGGAAUUCCUAAUGAAUUAUCCAUCGAAAAAUUGUUACAAAUUGAAUUAACAACAUGUAAAGAUAAUCUUUCAUUACCAACUUGUCAUUUUUCAAGUAGCCAGAAUUGUGUAAAGAAUGAUAAAGUAGAAUUGAGUAUGGAUACAACAAAGGCAAACAAUUCUUGUUCGGAAGAUAAAAUCGACCCUUUACUGUCUAGACCAAGCGAUGGCUUUCCAAAUUAUGAAGAAAAAAAAAAAUUAUUUCAUAAUCCGUGUGCAUCAACAAGCGAAAACGAUAAAUCAAAGAUUUUUGUGAAUCGAACUGGUUAUAGACAUCAGUCUUCUGAUGCUAUUUGUUAUAAUCCUUUAGAAUCACUCCAUGGGUCAAUGGAAAUGUGCCAACCUAUCGCACGUCGUAACAAAAAGCUUUUAACUCUGCCCAUAUUGAGCCGACGGCUUCCCUCGUAUGAGUUGCACAAUGACGAAAUUGUUUUUUCAAAAAAAAAAUCUUAUCAAUCUCCUACAACACAGGAUUCCCUUGGGUCACCUUUGUCUACAUUACUAACCAACAAUUUGUUGAAUUUAGGGUCAAACAAAUCUUCUCUUUUCACUUCACAACCUUUGUCUUUUGUUAAUGAGUCUACAUGUACGAACUACGAUUCUGAAAAAGACAUGGAUGGAAUUUCGGCUUUCACUGGUACUGAAUCGGUUGUGUCUUGUUGCAAAAGCCAACAACAUGGUAACAAUAAAGACGAAGCUUCCAUAUCUCAUCAUAAGAAGUCGCCUUGGAAACAAUCUAAAACAUCAUUAAAACCAAUUUUUUUUUCUAAGUUCCAUAAAGAGAACAAUUUUCACAUCCAAAAAAAGCUUAGCACUACGGAUACCGAUACAUUCGAAACAACCGCCAGAUCUUUUUUUCAAAAAGAACUGUAUUUAAACGAAAACUUAGAGCAACUAUCCAUUAACUCCAUUAAUACGAAAAAUACCCAAAUAAUGGAGCAAUGGUGUACAUUUGAUGAUGAAACUUGUCUGCAUGAUAAAGAGUUAUCAAUUAAAAGGUUAAAUAGAUGUUUAAACAAGCUGGAGAAGUCUAAAAAUAUUACACAACUCGAUAUUGGAGGAACGUCAGAUAUGGCGUUUACGCCUUCUUAUAACUUUACUAUUGAAAGGCAUCAGACUUGCCCAGUUAUAAUGAGAAAGCGUAAGAGGAAACUUUUUGGUGAAAUGUUAGACACGACGAAAUCUUCACUAGCGUCUGCGUUAAACUUGUUUCAAAAGCAAUGGGGCAACGUUUUUUUUUCAAAUAUAAAAAAUAAAGAAACCAGUACUUCCAUGUAUGGUUUACAGAUAAUGUGCGAGGCAUCAAAAAAGUUGUUGACUUUAAAAGAUAAUGUUUCUUCUCCUGAUGAAUAUAUGCCACAUUUAAAUGGAGAAUCGCAUUGUUUAAUACCACCGGACGUCACGGAGUGCCCUUGGGCAUGUUUGAAUAGACGUUUCCAAGAAAAAAUGUCGAAUUCUACACCAGAAAAAAUGAUGAAUUUAUUAAAUUCGCAAGAGACUUCAACGAGUUAUGUAUGUAAAAAUCUAAAUAAAGCAUUUCCGCAAUCAUGUAUAUUUGAAAACGAGAGUACUAAAAACUCUUUGGACGAGAUGAAUUUUUUUUUCAAUCUGCGAGAUGAAACUGAUACAUACGAUUAUGAAUUAGAUUUUCCCUGCAAAAAAGAUACUAAGAGGAUAACAAGAGGACAUUUCUCUUAUAACAUGCAUAAGGCAAAGUCUUGGCAAAUGCGAGUUUACGAUUUCCUAAAUAAACUUUUUACUUUAAAUUAUGCUAACGAAGGUUGGAGAAAAUACGCAAAAAACAUUUGGGAAGCAUUAUUCCACAUUACCCCUGUUUUUGUGGUACUUGUCUAUCUUCUCUUUCAACGGCAUCAUGAUGAAGAAAAAAAAAAAAAAGCCUACACGACUUUAAUUUCCCGUUUUGGAUACAUUGCAGAUAUGUACAUGGAAUUAGUAGAAUAUGACCCUCUUGAGUUAUCUUACGAUAAUCCAUGGUUAUUAUGUCGGACUUGUAGGUAUUUGGAAAGUCAAGAAGAUGAUCAAUCGAACGCGAGUUAUACUAAAAGAAUGUUCAAAAACAUUUCGUUCUGUAACACAUGUUUUUCUCGAUACAAGGCGUUUUGUUUUGCGACAAUGCAGUUAAAACUAUUUUUACAAAUGUAUAGAGAAACCUUUAAUUGGAACUAUAACGAAUCAUUAGUGUUGCAGGUUUUACAAAAUAAUCAAUUUAUUGCAACACCUGUCGUUACUACGAAUUGGUCAAAACGGAAUAUUUGUGAGCCCCCCUAUGCUAUGCAUUUUAACGACACCCGUUCCACAAAAAAUGAAACCAAAACACUAUUGAGCACGUCGUGUGAUGGUGUCGUGUUAAAAGAAUAUGAAAAAGAUUAUUUUGUAGAAAACAUCAAUGAUUUAUAUAUUUUGGGUCCGACGCUGGGCGUCGGAGCGGAAGGUCAUGUAUGUUUAUGUAUCUCUUGUUUAACAGUUGAAAAGUAUGGUUUAAAUGAAACGCAGAUAGAGUGGGAUUCGCUUGUGAAGAUGUCACGCAAUGCUCAACAAAAAACAGGCAAAGCAAUUUUGUAUACGAUGAAAGUCGCUGAGAAAAACAAUUGUGAGAGGAACAUACAACAAUUAUAUGAAGACCUUAAACAUCUUAAGCAUCCUAAUGUUUUACGUGUACAUGCUUUUUUCCAAGACAAAAAAAAUUAUUACCUUCUAACGGAUUUUUUAGAAGGAAAAGAGUUAAUAACCUACGUUUUAUCCGCUCAGUGUAAUAACUAUGUUUUAAGAGAAAAUCAAUGUCGAGAAAUAUGUUUUCAAAUGUUAAAGUCUCUUGAAUAUAUACAUCAACAUAACCUUAUUCAUCGAGAUGUCAAAUUAGAAAAUUUUGUAUUUUCUGAUUCAGUAAGAAUGCAAACAUUUAUUCAACAAGAAUCUUUUCAAAUGCAAGAUGUAAUUGAUGACACUGCUGUACAAAUACCACGGAUUGUAUUAAUCGAUUUCGGAUUAAUGUGCCGUACCACCCAGGCUUGUUAUACUCGUCCAAAUGGAACACCUUUGUAUAUGGCUCCUGAAGUUUUGCUUGAAUCUUGUUUUCCCCCCUUCAUGUAUCAAACAAGCAUAGAUGUUUGGGCAGUGGGAAUUGUUUUAUAUCAACUGUUGUCAGGGAAAGUGCCCUUUGAUGCCAAAGGACCCUUAUCUACUAUAGAAAAAAUAGAGACUAUUGAGUAUGGUAAUGAAACCAACUCAGUUUUCGAAUUGUUAAAUUCUACUUGUGACUCGCCUGAUACCUUUUCUUUGCUGCGUUAUAAUAAUGAGGCUUUGAGUCGAUGCCAUACCUACCAAGACACGCCAUCGGGCAGAACCGAACAAGGUUUAUUAUCAAAAAAUAACUUAACCGACACAACAAUGGACGCGUCGCUUAGAACUUGCUACGCUAGCAAAAAGCCUAUCAGACUAGAGAUAUUUAAAAUGAAGCCGCUCUGUCUCAAUCAACCUGAAUGGUAUUCAAUAUCAGAUCAUGCAAAAGAUUUGCUGCAUCAGCUGUUGACCGCUAACGCAAAGCGUAGAAUAACGGCUUCUCAAGCUCUUCACCAUCCUUGGUUUUCAAUGAAGAAAAAGAAAAUAUGAUCUGACUUUCUUUUGUUUGACAAGAAAAAAUUAUAUGUAACGUGGACACGCGUUACCAUGAAAAAUCAAUCAUAUUAAAAGCGGAAAAAAGGAAAAAAAAUUGAUAUUAAUGGAGAGAAAAAGCAAAAAAAAAACUCCUUUUGCAGAAUUGUUAAAAUUACUACCGAGAAAUGUCAAUUCGAUGCUAUGCUAACCGAAACAACAAGAAGGGGUGCAGUAGGCGUUAUUUUCCGUUCUAUUAAAUUGAAAGUCAAAAAGC